AUGGAGUUUACGAAAAAAUGGGCAGAUAGCCCUUUCAAGCUACUCGCAACUCCGAGAGGAUCGUUAGAUGGCAAACCCGAAUCUUUAGCAUCCCGCAAUGCAUCAGAAAUGGCCUUACUUCACAAUAUUCUUCUUAGAGGUCUGAAUUGCAUUUAUAUCCAAGCGCCCAAUGUGAAAGAGACCGUGGACAUAGCAGAUUUUAUGAAAUUCUGCGAUGCAUGGUCUUGCAUUCUGCAUUCCCACCAUGCCGCAGAAGAGAAUAUCUAUUUCAGAUUACUCGAUGAGCAAAGUUCUAGAAAUGAUGUUUUCAUUAAUAACCAUAAUGAGCAUGAGAAAUUUCUUCCGGGCUUGUUUGCUUUCGAUCUUUAUGUUUCGGGAGUGAAAGAUGAUGCGAAACCCUUUGAUGGAUACAAAUUGAGGGAAUUGAUUGAUGCUUUUGGACCUGAUUUGGAGAGUCAUUUACAUCACGAAAUUGGCGUCCUAGUAGAUCUGGAAAAGGAUGAAUUAAUUAAUUGGGAAGAAUGUGGAAAGGCGAUGGCUCAACAUUCGAAGAAAAGUGCUGAUAAAACGAGAGAUGUCCCGUUCUUGAUCACAAACUCGGAUGUGACUUAUGAGUCUGGUAUUCAUGGACCGAGGUUCCCUCCCUUUCCCUGGUUUGUGGGAUUGAUUUUUAGGUGGAUAUAUGUUCCGAAGUUGAAGGGAGCGUGGAGGUUCUCGAGUUGUGACGAUUACGGGGUACCGAAGGAACUUCCUUUUGCAUGAUUAAUAUUGAGCUUGACUGUGUUUUGAGAGUGGGUAUAUCUGGUUCAGAUGGGGGGAACAUGAGGACUGAAAUUCUGGUCUUCAAGAUCCGUAAACUUCGAGAGAGUAAUGGCCUUGGCACGAAAUGUGUGUAUGUCUUCUGCAUUGGAUGGGUGUUGGGGAGUCUUUGAAUUUAUAUCUAAGUUUAGGUCAGCACGUUCGCGUUGGUUGACGUUAUUAGCUAGUGGUCUCCAGUGCCAUAAUGAUGCUAAUAAUAAUAAUGAUGAAACCCCUGGCUAAAGAACUUCUAAUUGCUUGUCCACCAGUCCUACCGAGAUCUUAGCUCCACCAGCUCUAUCUGUCUUCAAUAUCAUAAAUCAACAUUGUCUUCGUCCUCGCCGAAUCGAUUGAUGAAAUCUGAUGCUCCGUCAACAAACAUUUUUUUCCUUAGUUGCUAGAUAUCAAGUCUUAUAAAUGUCGCUAUUUUGCAUUCCAGAUCUGAUCUG